AUGACGAUGCUUCCAGGAAGGGCCUGGAAGAGAAUCUUCUGGUUGCUGAUUCUACUUACACUUUGUACCAUAAGCCUGCUCCAGUAUGGGCUCCUUAUAAUCAGGCAACUAGAAGCUCUCAUCCCCAUGGGUGUCUGCACUGCAGGCCAAAUGGCCCUACUGAGUGACAACUUCACUGGUCCCCUGCAUCCCUGGGCCAGGCCUGAAGUUCUGACCUGCACCGCCUGGGGGGCCCCCAUUAUUUGGGAUGGCACCUUUGACCCAGCUAAGGCCCACCAAAAGGCUAGACAGCAGAACUUCACCAUUGGGCUGACUGUCUUUGCUGUAGGAAGGUAUCUGGAGAAGUAUCUGGCGCGCUUCUUGGAGACAGCCGAGCAGCAUUUCAUGGUGGGCCAGCGCGUGGUGUACUAUGUGUUUACAGAUCGCCCUGACGCCGUGAAGCACGUGACGCUUGGCAAGAGGCGACGGCUGCGCUUGGAGCACGUGAAACGGAAGCAGCGCUGGCAGGACGUGUCCAUGGGGCGCAUGCGUACGCUUCACGAAGCGUUGGGCGGACAGCUGGGCCGCGAGGCGCAAUUUGUGUUUUGCAUGGACGUGGAUCAGUACUUCAGCAACGCUUUCGGGCCUGAGACGCUGGGCGAGUUAGUGGCGCAGCUGCACGCCUGGCACUACCACUGGCCGAGGUGGCUGCUGCCCUUUGAACGCAGUGCGCUCUCGGCCGCCGUGCUGGCACCUGCUGAGGGCGACUUCUACUACCACGCGGCUGUUUUCGGGGGCAGCGUGGCAGGGCUGCGUCAGCUGACAGCACACUGCACGCAGGCCAUGGAGCGGGACCAAUUGCGCGGCUUGGAGGCGGUCUGGCACGACGAGAGCCAUCUCAACAAGUUCUUCUGGCUGCACAAGCCCACCAAGGUGUUGUCGCCUGAGUUCUGCUGGAGCCCGAAAAUCGGCCAGCGGGCAGAGAUCCACAGCCCGCGCCUGCUCUGGGCUCCCAAGGAGUACACCCUGGUGCGCAACUAG